AUGACUACUGAUUCAUUGAGUGUUGUAUUUUUACCAACAAUUUUAAGACCAGAAGCACAUACCGAUCAAGAGGUACUACAAUUCACAGUUGAAGACUCAAAGAGCACAAAGACAUUGAUGGCGACCAUCAUUUGCAACUAUGAAAGCAUCUUUGAAGACAACAGUCUGUUUGUUAGAACCAGACAGACCAGAGCAAUCACAGAGUUCUGUACUACCAAUCCACACGUUAAAUAUCCACAGCAAUUAAAUAAAGCACCAUUACCACCUCCACCAACUCUUUCCAUUUCACCGGGCAACUCAUCGGCAUCAACACCUUCACUCAUCAGUCCAAGAACAAUAUCCAUCCCAACACCGUCGCCAUUACCAGCCAUCCCAAUUCCAAACAACAACAGUCUGAGUAAUACAUCACCCAAUAUAACACCAAGCUCAACACCAACAUCUAGCGCACCAUCUACACCAUCUUCAUCAUCACUACUCAUCGCAACAACAACAGCUACUGCCUCCACUUCACCACCACCACCACCAACAUCAUCGCCAGCAUCGACUACAUUUACUUCACCACCACCAUUUUUAGAGAUACCAACUUCAGUACCAUUUACACUUCCACCAAUACCAUCAAGUCAUAGCAACAGUACAUUAUCAAUACCAACCUCAUCUUUACCACCAUCUACACAAACACCACUUUCACCGACACCCAACGCAACAGAAGAACCAAAAAAAUCACUUCCAGCACUUCCCGACAAACGAAAUAAUUUAAAAACACCACCACCUUUACCCGCCAAACCACCAACUCUUUUUGUACCCAAACCUUUGCCAAGAGUAGGUGAGGCACCCGGAUAUAAUAAUAAAUGGUUUGGUGAGCCGGAAACAAGACCACGAUCAAGUACAACAGCUGUCUAA